GUGUUUUCAUGUCUCGGAGUAUGUGAGAACGAGUGCAGUGACACACAUCAUCAUAACCAAGCUGAAGACUCUACUUGAAGGACUAUUGGGGCUUACUGGAUGGAUGUUUGUGAUUUGGAUUUCUGAGGGAUUUUCACUCCAACUUUGAAUGGAUCAUGCGUAUGAAUAAGAGCUGAGAAGGAUAAUCUGCUUACAUUUUGAAGAGAGGUUUUUACGCACCAGUAGCACCAUGCCAGUCACGUUCGGAGAACUAAGCACCCUCACCACUCCUCUUUCAGUGGUGCGUCUCUGCGCUUUGCUCUUCAGCUGCCUCACUUUCAGCCUGGCCUCCUUCUCCUCCCAAAGCAAUGCAUCCACUCCGGAAAACAUUGAAUACGGUAUCACUUUUAAAAGAUUCUGCAUGGUUACAUGGUGCCUCUUCUUUGUCCUUACCUUCCUUGUUAUGCUGAUCCAUUUCAUCCAGUUCCAUAACUUGUUACCGCUUUCCUGGAAGAACCUCACAGCCACCGUAGCAGCACUUGGUGCACUCAUGACGUUUUCUGCCUCCUUCGCCUUCACUUGGACCUUAGUGAAUCAUCAAUCUGGAACAACUGAUCCGAAAAGCAUAGCAGCUGCCGUGGGCUCCUAUCUCACCUCGCUGGCUUACAGCGAAGAGCUCCAUUUGAUUCGCUCACAGAGCGAUGGCCAGCAGCGAGGCUACAUGGCAACCGUACCUGGACUUCUCAAGGUGCUGCAGGUAUUCGGAGGAUGCGUCGCACUGGUGCUGAUCAACAGCAUCCAAAACGACCAGAAGUGGAGGACCUACGUGUCAUUUAUAACCUACAGUGUGUGCCUGCUUCCGACUGUAGGCACGGUCCUGGUGAUGGUACUGGACUGUGCGGCUCGCAGCCCCGUGCCUUUUGACCGGCUCCUCGCUAGCUUCAGUCUGCUGGGAGUGAUCAUGUACACCAUCAACACGGUUGUUUGCUUCUCGCAAGCACUCGAGAUUAACAAAGAUGGUCAAAAAGUUGUUAUAAUGAGCGAGACAGUGAUGUCAUGCAUCACUUUGCUGGCCUACACGGUGGACCUGGCUUUCUCUGUUAAACUCCUGUGUGACCGAAAUUAAGGAGGGACACCGAACUGUGGAGGACGUUGCAUGUUAGUUAAGGCAUGGGUGAUGUUGCACAAGCUUGUGUCUUUUGGUUAUUAUGGUAAAUUAUCAUAAUGGCAAAGAUGACUAUUUCCAUGCUGUAUUCUGAGAAAUACCAUUUACGCUUCAGGAUAAAUAAAUCAGAUGUCAAAUGGUUUUGAUCACAGCUCACAAUUUUGAAACUAUCCUAAACAACACUUUUUAGUUUGUUUUCUUUUGUUUUAAAGAAACUGGAAACUUAAAUCACUCUAAAUGACCGCUUUAAUAAAUCUAUGAAGUGAAAACCUUUUAAAACUGACAGCGGUAAUGGUUUUUUAGACAAAUAUAUGUAUGUCCUGGCCUGUUCCUGUAAGAUCUGGGUUGUUUCCAGUGAAAUAAAAGUCACUUUUUGUUUUUAAACGAGGCCGCUGCUUACGAGGCAAAUAUUGGGAAUAUAAGGGAAUGUAAUAUAUGAUUAUUUAAUAAGUAAUCAAUGUUUUGAUUCAAGUCGCAUUGAUUUGUGUAUCUGACGGAGCCAUUUUACCCUGAAAUAAUGGAUUGAUCCGAUUCACUGCGUGACCUUGUUCAUUGGGGAUCUUUAUUUCCAAAUCUGUUUACUAGCCAGUUGAUAUUAGUUGUGAUGUCAGAAUUAGAUCGUUAAUGCAAAUAAGUGGUUUUGAAAUUUCAAAAUGUGAAUCCAAUUAAGAUGAAUGUCUAGAAGAAAAAAGGUUUGUUAAUCUGUUGUGUACUGUGGAAAAAGCUGAAGCAGAAAAUGUCAGAGAAAAAGUAUAAAAUAAAGGACUUUAGCCAAAUGUUCUAAAGUAGUUUUGAACCAAUUAUUUGAAGCGAAGGAUUUCCUGAUGCUUAUCUUUCUGAGCUAAUUGUUUAUCCGGUUACUUAAACUGUUGAGGUGUUUUUAGCUGCUGGUGUUUUCAAAUUUAAGUCUUCCGUCACUUUGGAGAAUGUACUGUUUUUGCAGUUCUCUCUCUCUCUCUCUCUCUCUCUCUCUCUCUCUCUCCCUCUCUCUCUCUGUCUCUCUCUCUCUCUCUC